AUGAGUGCAAGAAAACUACAGCAAGAGUUUGAUAAACUCAAUAAGAAAAUCAAUGAAGGUCUAGCUGCAUUUUAUGACAUAAAAGAAAAAAUACAACAUGCAGAAGUAGCUUCACAACGAGAUAAAUUUGAAAAUGAUUUGAAAAAAGAAUUGAAAAAACUACAAAGAUCUCGAGAUCAAUUGAAAAUCUGGUUAGGUGAUAGUAGUAUAAAAUUGGAUAAAAAUGCAAUUCAAGAAAAUAGAACUAAAAUUGAACAUGCUAUGGAUACUUUUAAAGAAUUGGAAAAAAUUUCAAAGAUUAAACAAUUUUCAAAUGAAGGAUUAGAAAUUGAAAAACAAAGAAAACAUUCUAGAUUUGGUGAAGUUCAAAAAUUAACGGAUGCUUGUGAUUAUGUAAGUUCUGUUAUUGAACAGCUAAAUACUCAAAAUGAAGAAUUGGAACAAGAUCUAGAAUCUAUAGGUGGACAACUGAAGAAAAAAGGUUCAUCUGCUCAACAAUCAAUAGAUGAUAUCAAGUAUAAAAUAGAUAGAAAUAAUACUCAUAUUGAAAAAUUGGAGGUAGUUUUAGAAAAUCUUGAAAAUGAUUUAUUGGACCCCGCAAAAAUUGAUGAUGUAAAAGAUGAUUUGGAUUAUUAUGUUGAAAUGAAUCAAGAUGAAGAAUAUGUGGAGUAUGAUGAUUUUUAUGAUCAAUUGGAACCAAUAGAAGAAGAGGAAGAAGAAGUGGAAGGAAGUCUAGCACAAAUGGCUGCAGAAUCAUUUGAAGAAGAGGAAAGAAAAAGAUUGGAAUUACAACAAUUGGGUCAACAACAAUCAGAAGCAACCAGAGCUACACAAUCCGCAUCAGCUGUGACUUCGUCCAAUGUACCUUCUACUACGUCGGCACAACCUGCCGCCCCUAGAAGGGCGGGCUCAGUUAGUGAUUCCACAAAGAGUAUAAGUAACAACACACCUUCUCAUGUUGGAAACGGUCCAGUAUCUUCCACAACGCCAGUCAAGAAGUUGAAACAACAUAAUGUUGUACCAGCACCUCCUCCUCCGAUUACUAGUGCUAAUUCUUAUUCAAAUGUUAUAAAAGCUGCUCAAGCUAAUAAUAUUAAUAAUGGUCAUGCUACUUCAUCAAAUACUCAACAUUCUUCCAAUAAUACUCCGACAAUGAAUAAUAAUGUACCUUUAGCUACUGCACUUGCUUCUGCUGUAUCAUCGGCACCUACUGCUUCAACAUCAAAUUCCACUACUCCUGCUAAAAGUCUACCUCCUGGAUUCAAUCAUAUUGCAUCAUCAAACAUCACUAAGUCUACAUCUACAUCACCAUUGAUAACUCAAUCUAAAUUACAUGAAGAAACUCAACAAUUGAAAAAGAAUGUAUCGAAUAAUUCAAAUAUCUCACAAUCACCUUCUAUAACAUCGGUAUCAACAACUACUGAUCCCUUGAGUGAUUCAUUAAAUAAAUUGUUAAACAUAACAAAUAGUAGAUUAAAUGAUCCAUUACCAAUUCAAUCAAUAAGUUCAUUAUUAGAAACAUCAUUAUUAAAUUGUCCAGACUCAUUUGAUGCAGAAAAACCAAGACAAUAUAGUCCAAGUAAUGUUCAUCCUUCUUCAAUAGAUUAUCCACAAGAACCGAUGUUUGAAUUAAAUUCUUCUCAUUAUAUGUCUAAAUUUGAUGAUGAUUUAUUAUUUUUUUGUUUUUAUUAUAGUGAAGGAAUUGAUAAUUUUGCAAAAUAUAAUUCUUCAAAAGAAUUAAUUAAAAGAGGUUGGAUUUUUAAUAUUGAAAAAAAUCAAUGGUUAUCUACUAAAGAGAAUUCUAAAACUAAAAAUAUUGAUCAAUCUAAAGAAAAUAGUAGUAAUGGAAAUAUUAAUGAAAAAGAAAAUGAUGGAUCAAAUUCAAAUGAUGAUAAAUUUAAAAGAUAUUUUGAUGAAAAUUCUUGGCUUAUACGUAAUUAUGUUUAG